AUGUACAGCACACUGAAGGGGCACCUUAGGACAUUGUUCCCCAAGCCCUUAAAAGAUGAUCCCAGAGAUUACAAGGACAUUCCCGCGAAGGACUUGAAACUGGAAGCGUAUCCGAAGACAAUCACGUAUGACGACUUGAGCGAUGAACUGCUGCAAAGUGUUUGCAUAUACGCCCAAGAUGCGUUGAUCGGCAUACUGGGCCACGGUCACUCGGGCGGAAUUUACGCCUGUGACUUUUUCACAAAUGCACAUAAGUUAUCGUAUCCUACUAGCGUCGGUUCAUGCUUUGACAUGCUCUUAGACAUAGUAUUUAAAGUGCAACAUCAACUUCAUUUUGUAUAUAAGCAGUGUUGCGAUACAACAGCGCUCAGCGGUUGGCGUGACUGUGUAUACGGCAACGGAGUUGGUGGCUCUGGAUGGCAAUGCAAUCGGCUCCAAUGCCCUAACCAAAAGGCUGACCAAAGUGCUACCCAAAAGCACAACCAAACAUGUACCCAAAAGUGUGACCAAACUGUUAGUUGUGGCCUUAAGUCGCCGCUCCAAUCCUUUUUGGAGGACGGUUUGCAGAGGUUCUUGCCGCACCAUAUGACGAAAGUUGGCUGCGGAGUUAAGUGCUCCGUCGGCAGCCACAGAGGUCAACCAUGCAAAACGCCGAUGGGCUUCUCGGACAUAAGCGUUACAGCCUCUCAUGUCAAAAAGGGGGCUCACCUUGCCGGCGUUCUUGACAAUUUCUGCGGUCCUACAUCCCACCUAAGUAGGUUGUGUCGUAAGCUGAAUUGCCUCCUUCGUAGAGCGCCACAAACUCUUGGUGAUAUGCUUGCCUUUUACCAUAUGUUCCUGUAUGAAUGGAAUGGACAGGGUCGUAUGCACAGGCAGGAUGCAUUCUUGCAGGCCGUUAAUGACGCAAUGUUUGGCGAACAGUAUGGAAAGAUGGACGUUGUAUCCAUACAAUCCAGCAGAACGCACACUGAGAAACAUUCCAAAGGUGAUCUAUUUAGUUUGGUGGACUGUCAUACGUCUCCAACAGUGAAUACUCCCGUCGGUUCCUGCGGUCCAUAUUUGGAGUCAAUUAGUAAUGACAUCCGCCGAACAUUCUCCGAAAAGCGUGCCGGCAGCUAUCUCUCGUGGAUCGUUUAUAUCACAGAAACGUUUUACGAUCUACUCAAAAAGUUAUAUGAUGAGUGCAACAAAUGUUGCGGCACUGAUAAGUCGAAGUGCCGUGUUGCUAAAUGUGCAGUAAAUUGUAAGGUCGGUAAGGAGAGUUCUACUUCCGAUCACGAUGAUUCAUGUAACGCCAUUGUAAAUUGCAGUUAUACCACGCCGACAUUAUUUACAUAUGGCUUUGUGCACGGAGAUGCUCUGAUACUUGCUGGUAAGAGGAGCAAACGUACGUGCAGAGACUUUUGCACGGCCCUGGGAAAAGUGAUCAGCGACAAAAUAUCAGACGAAUCGCCACUCGCGAAAUUAAUUUACGAGAUAAUUCCAGAAUACAUAUGGGCCAUCCGAACACCCUUCUCAUACUUGCUGCUAGCCCUCUGGUCGCUGUCGCUCCUGUACCUGCUGCACAUCACCGUCGUCCGCCUCGACGUCCUGAGGAUACGCUCCCACCUGCGCUCACCUUCAAGCCACCGCAUCGCCGCCCAUUCCCUCCUCGCCGUUGCAAAGGUUGGGAAAAUAGGCAACGUCAAGUACUUCUCACCAUAA